AUGCUGCCCACGCCCUUCUCGGUGAGGGACAUCCUCAGCCUGGAGGGGCCCGGGGGGCUCCGCGCCGCCCCCGCCCGCAGCCCCGCCGGGCAGGACGAGCCGCCCGCAGGGAAAUCUCCGCUCGGCCCGAGCCUUGAGGCCGAGGAGCGGCGCGGGGAGCCCGGCCGGGCGCGCCGGCAGCCGCGCAAGCCGCGCGUUCUGUUCUCGCAGGCUCAGGUGCUGGAGCUGGAGCGGCGCUUCCAGCGGCAGAAAUACCUGUCGGGGCCCGAGAGGGAGCAGCUGGCGCGGCUGCUGCAGCUCAGCCCCACGCAGGUGAAGAUCUGGUUCCAGAACCGGCGCUACAAGAGCAAGCGGCAGCGGCAGGAGCGCGGCCCGGCGCUGCCGCCGCGCACGGCGCCGGUGCCGCUGCUGGUGCGGGACGGCAGAGCCUGCCCGCGGGGCUGCGGGCCCUUCCCGGCUCCCUGGGGGGCUCCAGGCCCCUUUUCCUCCCGCUCCUGCUGCGGCGGCGCUGCCGGGGCGGGCUGCGGGUACCCCGCGGUGCCGCCCGGUGCCACCGCGGCGGUGCCCAGCGCCUGCCCGCGGCUCUGCCCGCGGCUCUGCCCGCGGCUCUGCCCGCGGCCAUCAGCGCCCGGAGCCGCAGCUGAGGGGGAUGAGGCACCGGGAAAGCUCCCGCUGCUCCAGAGCCGAGCCCCGAGCGCGACAAUCCAAAGGAUUUCUGGCAGCCCGGACAGCGGAACAAUCCCUGGAAAGAGAGAGGGGACGCUGCCUCACAGCCCCACGGUGAAUUUUAGCACGCAACAAUUAUAAAUUAUUUAUUAUUAAACAAUAAUUUGGAGUCUGGACCCUCCAGCUCUCAAGAUAUUUGCUCCCCCAGGAUGCCACCAGGACUUUUCCUUCCUCAAGAUAAGGAAAAC